AUGCUUUAUUGGGAAUGGAGGCGUAUUUUGAGGCAGAAGAUUCGGAACUUAUCUCCUCGCCCUAAGCUCACAUAUCAGCAGUAUGCAAAUCGACGUCUUAUCAUCGCUUUCGUUUUGUUUUUCGUGGGCUGGAAAGCGUUUGGUAUUACUCUGAGUGAUAUGAUGUUAUGGACAGUUGACGAAGAGACUGGCAAGGGACGACUGCUGUCUCCUGCAGAAGCGCGGGAGCGACGGUAUUCUUUAUUUACUUGCUUACUUUUAUUUCACGGUCAAAAGGUAAUAUAA